CCUCCUCCAGCACCACUCUGACAUCUCUCAGCGAGCGAGUACAAUCAAGGCCUGACUCCGGGCAUAUUCUUCAUGAAAUCUAGGCACGGAUAAACAACGGCUUCAUAUUGGGGGUUAUCAGAAACAUUUGGUAGGGUUAGGAUAUCUGUAGGGAGGCGUCACCUCUAGAGCAAGAUGUUAGAUCCGUCGUCCAGCGAGGAGGAAUCUGACGGGAUAGUGGAGGAGGAAAGCAAAGAGGCGAUGGCACCUCAGGCCGGAUCCCGCAUCUCUCCCAGCAGGACCAGCGAGAGCUCGGGUGGACUGGCACCCAGCAGCAGCCGCAGCAGCGCCCGUCCGACCAGCCCGAGCCCGUCAGCCGCCAGCGAGGAGAAAGAGGACCUGGAGAAGCUGCAGAGGGAAGAAGAAGACCGUAAAAAGAAGCUGCAGUUGUAUGUUUUUGUGAUGCGGUGCGUCGCUUACCCAUUCAAUGCAAAACAGCCCACAGAUAUGGCAAGGCGACAGCAGAAGAUAACCAAGCAGCAGCUUCAGCAGACCAAGGACCGUUUCCAGGCCUUCCUCAAUGGAGAUACUCAGAUUGUGGCUGAUGAGGCAUUCAUCAAUGCUGUGCAGAGCUACAAUGAGGUGUUCCUGAAGAGUGACCGUGUGGCUAAGAUGGUCCAGAGCGGCGGCUUCUCGGCCACUGAUUUCAGGGACGUGUUCAAGAGGCACAUCGAGAAGCGUGUGCGCAGCCUUCCAGAGAUCGACGGUCUGAGCAAGGAGACGGUGCUCAGCUCCUGGAUGGCCAAGUUUGACACCAUCUACCGUGGCGACGAGGAUCCACGCAAGGCGCAGCAACGCAUGACCGCCAGCGCAGCCUCUGAGCUGAUCCUCAGCAAGGACCAGCUGUACGAGAUGUUCCAGAAUAUCCUCGGCAUCAAGAAGUUUGAGCACCAGCUGCUUUAUCAAGCCUGUCAGUUGGACAACCUGGAUGAGCAGGCUGCACAGAUCAGGAGAGAGCUUGAUGGCCGUCUUCAGAUGGCAGACCAGAUUGCAAGGGGCGGUAAGUUCCCCAAAUUUGUGUCAAAAGAGAUGGAGGCCAUGUUUAUCGAGGAGCUCAAGUCCUCAGUGAAUCAGCUGAUGGCCAAUCUGGAGAGCAUGCCAGUGUCAAAGGGAGGGGAAUUCAAACUCCAGAAGCUGAAACGGGGACACAAUACCUCCAUCAUCGACAUGGGCCAGGAGGACGAGAACCAGCUGUCCAAAUCCGAUGUGGUUCUGUCCUUCACUUUGGAGGUGGUGAUCAUGGAAGUGCAGGGGCUGAAGUCUCUGGCUCCGAACAGGAUUGUCUACUGCACCAUGGAGGUAGAGGGAGGCGAGAAACUCCAGACCGACCAAGCAGAAGCAUCCAAGCCAACCUGGGGGACCCAAGGGGACUUCACCACCACACACCCUCUCCCUGCUGUCAAAGUGAAGCUGUUUACAGAGAGCACAGGGGUGCUGGCACUGGAGGACAAAGAACUGGGCAGGGUUGUCCUCCACCCAACUCCUAACAGCCCCAAGCAAUCCGAGCUCCAUAAGAUGACCGUGACCAAGGCGUGCCCGGACCAAGAUCUGAAGAUCAAACUGGCUAUACGAAUGGACAAACCACAGAACAUGAAACACUGCGGGUAUCUGUGGGCUUUUGGGAAGAAUGUUUGGAAGCGCUGGAAGAAGCGUUUCUUUGUCCUUGUGCAGGUGAGUCAGUAUACGUUUGCCAUGUGCAGCUACAGAGAGAAAAAGUCAGAACCGCAGGAGCUUCUCCAGCUGGACGGGUAUACUGUGGACUACAGUGACCCUCAGCCAGGCUUGGAUGGCGGCAGGGCUUUCUUCAAUGCAGUAAAGGAAGGUGACACUGUGAUCUUUGCCAGCGAUGAUGAGCAGGACCGCAUCCUGUGGGUCCAGGCCAUGUAUCGUGCCACCGGCCAGUCUCAUAAGCCUGUCCCACCCACUCAGGUCCAGAAACUCAACUCCAAAGGGGGUGCCUCGGCCCAAAUGGACGCUCCCAUUUCUCAGUUCUCUGGACUCAAGGACGCUGACAGAGCUCAGAAACAUGGCAUGGAUGAGUUUAUCUCCGCUAACCCCUGUAGCUUUGACCACGCCUCACUUUUUGAGAUGUUGCAGCGACUCACGUUGGACCACAGGCUCAAUGACACCUUCUGCUGCCUGGGAUGGUUUAGCCCGGGCCAAGUGUUUGUGUUGGAUGAGUACUGUGCCAGGAAUGGAGUUCGAGGUUGUCACAGACAUCUGUGUUACCUGCGCGAUCUACUGGAAAGAGCAGAGAGUGGGGCUAUUAUUGACCCCACUCUUCUUCACUACAGCUUCGCUUUUUGUGCCUCCCAUGUCCAUGGGAACAGGCCAGACGGGCUGAGCACAGUGAAAGUGGACGAGAAGGAGCGCUUCGAAGACAUCAAGGAGCGGUUGCGUGUGAUAUUGGAAAACCAUAUUGUAAAUUUCAGAUAUUGUUUCCCCUUCGGUCGUCCAGAGGGAGCACUGAAGGCCACCUUAUCUUUGCUGGAGAGGGUCUUGAUGAAGGACAUUGUGACCCCAGUUCCACCAGAAGAAGUUAAAGGCGUGAUCCGCAAAUGUUUGGAGCAGGCCGCUCAGCUCAACUACGAGCGGAUUAAAGAAUAUGCUAAAAUUGAAGGAAAAAAGAGGGAAAUGUAUGAGCACCCUGUCUUCUGCUUGGCGUCUCAAGUGAUGGAUUUAACCAUCCAGAACGUAGGCCGCUUAGUCACGCCUGCCAAAAAGCUGGAGGAAACAAUUCGCCUGGCGGAGUUAGUCAUAGAGGUCCUCCAGCAGAACCAGGAACACCAUGCGGAGGCGGCAGUCACAAGUUCUGGAGAUCAAUCGGGAAAAGAGGCAUUUGCAUGGUGGACAGACCUCAUGGUGGAGCAUGCAGAGAACUUCCUGGCCCUCUAUGCCAUCGACAUGGAUGCCGCUCUGGAGAUCCAGUCCCCUGAGAGCUGGGACAGCUUCCCCCUCUUCCAGCUGCUGAACGACUUCCUCCGGACAGACUAUCAUCUGUGCAAUGGAAAGUUCCACAAACACCUCCAGGAUCUGUAUGCUCCUCUGGUGGUUAGAUAUGUGGAUCUGAUGGAGUCCUCCAUCGCACAGUCAAUUCACAAGGGUUUUGAUCGAGAGUCCUGGGAGCCUGUAAAGAGUUUAACAAGUAAUCUGCCCAAUGUGAAUCUACCAAAUGUGAACCUCCAAAUUCCCAAAGUACCAAAUCUGCCAGUGCCAGUAGCAGGACUAUCAGUUAACCUUCCACAAAUGCCUAGCUUUUCUACCCCGUCAUGGAUGGCUGCUAUAUAUGACUCUGAUAACGGCUCCGGGACGUCGGAGGACCUUUUCUGGAAGCUGGAUGCCCUCCAGACCUUCAUCAGGGACCUGCACUGGCCUGAGGAUGAGUUUGCCAAACACCUCGAGAGUCGCAUCCAGCUCAUGUCGAGCAACAUGAUUGAGAACUGCGUCAAGCGCACUAGGAUGGCAUUUGAGUCCAAGCUGACAAAGAGCAGCAAGUCCACAGAUUUCCGCAUUUCUCCAACAUUAUGCACCAUGUUCAAUGUGAUGGUGGAUGCCAAGGACCAAUCGGCUAAACUAUGCGCAAUGGAAAUGGGACAAGAGAAACAAUACCACACCCAAAUAGACGAGCUGAUUGAGGAAAGUGUGAAAGACAUGAUCCAGCUUCUGGUUGCAAAGUUUGUUGCCAUUCUGGAGGGUGUGUUGGCUAAGAUUUCCAGAUAUGAUGAAGGCACUCUCUUCUCUUCAUUCCUCUCAUUCACGGUGAAAGCUGCCUCUAAAUAUGUGGAUGUACCUAAACCUGGAAUGGACGUGGCAGACGGCUAUGUGACCUUUGUGCGCCACUCUCAGGAUAUGCUUCGUGAUAAGGUCAAUGAGGAGGUGUAUAUAGAAAGGUUAUUUGAUCAAUGGUACACUGCCACCAUGAACCUGCUGGGGACCUGGCUCACUGAACGCAUGGAUCAGCAGCUCCACGUCUACCAACUAAAAAUCCUCAUCAGGAUCACAAAGAAAAAGUACCGGGACUUCCGCCUGCAGGGCGUCCUUGACUCCACCCUGAACAGUAAGAUGUAUGACACGGUGCGCAACAGGCUGACCGUGGAGGAGGCCACUGCUUCAGUGAGGGAAGGAGGCAUGCAGGGCAUCUCCAUGAAGGACAGUGAUGAGGAGGAUGAAGAGGAUGACUAGAGCCCGUACACUGACCCCCCCGAACCCCCUUACCC